CCAUGCCUAAUAUACAUCUGAGAAUUAGAUGAAACCCAAAGGGGGAGGAAAUGCGUCGAUGGUAUCGGCAGAUAUGACCUACUAUUCAUUCUCGUGCACUUGAACGAGAAAACUUGAGAUCUGGAAGAAAACAUUGGUAUUUGACAGAUACCGUGCUGAAAAAUAAUAAUGUGGAACACCCUCACGUUAACAACAAGUCUUCUGCUUUACAUUAUAGAGACGGAAGCUAAUACAUGUUACUACAGUGCCAGCAAUGGCGAGGUCCUAAACUUCAGAUGUUAUAACUUUGGGGAAUAUUGCUGUGGAAGACAUUGCUGUGCCAGUGUAGCUGCUUUCUACAGAUUGUGGUAUUUCUGGCUGUGUGUUCUCCUCAUGGUAUUGCUGUGUUCUGGAGGUGGAUACUGGUACAAGAGAAGAUAUUACCAGUCCAACUUCAUGAUGCCUGCAGGACAGACCAGGAUGGCAGGGGGCAGGAAUAACACUGUCCAUACUCAGAAUAACUUCGCUUUCGACUCAGGAAUUGACCGUUAUCCUCCUUUGUCAGGUGGGUACCCCCCACCCCCAGCCUACAUGCACCACCCGCAGUAUUCCAUGGCUGGCUACCCCCCACAGGCUUUCCCCAGUCCCCCGAGCUACGACUCCGUGGUCAAAAGUGGACCAAGUGGACAUGGGGAUGGACAGCAGCAGCAGCCGGCGCAACAACAACAACAAAUACAGCCACCACUGCAACAACAGCAAGUGCAACCGCCGGAGCAACAGCAGCAAAUGCAGCCAUGCACCAGAGCAACAGCAAACGCAGCCACCGGUGCAACAACAGCAAAUGCAGCCACCACGGCAACAACAGCAAGUGCAGCCACCGGCGCAACAACAGCAAACGCAGCAGAUGCCUCAGCAGCAGAAUGGGCUGGAUGAAGAACAGCAAGAAUAAUAGGAAUGAAAACAGUAGCUUUAGCAAUAGGUUAUUUAUAAUAAAGAAUCUCACUAACUAAGGAUAUAUACAAUAUAUACAAUAUAUACAGUAUAAUAAAACUGCACAUUCAAAGUCAGUGUAGGUAAUAUUGUCCUUAGACAUUACACUGGUUAAUAUACUCCAUCAGCACUCAUAGAUAUAUAAAGAAGUAACAUUAAUUGAUUAUUACACCUUAAAUUCAGAUUGCAUUUGCAUUUUGUAGCUUAUUUAACCAUUCAUGCAGAAUUUCUUCACGCACUUGCAAUGUUUUUCCCUCAGUGGUAAAUGUCACCUUUCCCUUUUUCAUACCUUCAUUUGUUAAUCUAUUUAUUCAUUACAAAUUUUUUUUUUAAUUUUUUUCUUUAUUUUUUUAGGUAUUUAUAUAUAAAGUCAGGUUUGUAAUAGCAGUUCAACUAAUGUCUCAUACAAAUAUAUAACCUAAUACUUUUGCUUUCUUUAUUGUUUGCUUGCCUUUAUAUGAGGCCCCAAUUUCUUUUGGAAUUUUAUGUUAACUUUUGACUUUAUCCAGUAUUUAUUAUGCUUUAUCCUCCUUAGAUUUUAUGGUAUGUUUUUAUUUUGUUG